AGUUGUGGUUGGAGUUUUCAAGUUCCAUGUACAGCAGGUGGGCCGUGCGUCAGCUGAUGACGUUGGACAACAAAAAUGGCAGGAGGAAGCAGCAACUACUGGGAAGAUUUGCGAAAGCAGGCCAGGCAGCUGGAGAAUGAGCUGGACCUGAAGCUGGUGUCCUUCAGUAAACUGUGUACCAGCUACAGCAGCUCCAGAGAUGGCCGUCGAGGAGACAGCAACUCAGAUACUACUCCCCUCCUCAACAACUCCACACAGGACAGAAUGUUUGAGACCAUGUCUGUGGAGAUUGAACAGCUGCUGGCCAAACUCACGGGUGUGAAUGACAAGAUGGUGGAGUACACCAGCACCCCGGGGGUGACGUCCCUCAACGCAGCCCUGAUGCACACGCUCCAGAGACACAGAGACAUCCUGCAGGACUACACUCACGAAUUCCACAAAACCAAAGCCAACUUCCUUGCCAUCCGGGAGAGAGAAGAUUUGCUGGGGUCUGUCCGAAAAGACAUUGAGACAUACAAGAGUGGCUCAGGAGUGAACAACAGAAGAACAGAACUGUUUCUGAAGGAGCAUGAACACCUGAGAAACUCUGACCGGCUGAUGGAUGACACAAUAAGUAUUGCCAUGGUGACCAAGGAGAACAUGACAUCCCAGAGAGGGCUGUUGAAGUCCAUACAGAGCAGGGUCAACACUUUGGCCAAUCGUUUCCCAGCCAUCAACAACCUCAUCCAGCGAAUCAACCUGCGGAAGAGGCGGGACUCCCUAAUCCUGGGCGGAGUCAUCGGCGUCUGCACCAUCCUCCUGCUGCUCUACGCCUUUCACUGAUGACGGACAGACCGGUCGUACAAUCGGUACUCUGCGUUUGUAACAUCGGAAUCAGAACUCUGGAGAAUGGGCUUGAGUGAUUGGAGGCCGCUGGACGGACGGACGGACUGACGGACGGACAGACAGACAUCCUCUUGGCCCAAUCAGUUAACAGGAUUGAUCAAAGCCAGCAUGGACUUCCUGAUUUGUAUUUAGCAGUGGGAGGGGAGAAGGAGAUGGGGAGAUGGAGCAGCAUCUUUUUUUUUUUUUUUCCUAUCAAAAGUGAAUGUGCUGUUCAACUCUGGUUAAGGGAACGGAGACCAAAUGUACUAAUAUGACUAGAUUUUAAAGAAUUAUAUAUAAAGAACACUUGCUUCAAGAAGGAGUUAAAGGCUCUGAAGACAGACUGCGGAAAUGAAAGAGGGGGACUGUUUGCUGUCGAUGUUGUAGAUUUCUGAGGUGGAAGGAUUUUUAGUUGAAUGGUCCUUUUUUAGUGACGGGAGAUUCAGGAUGUUCAUCAUCAUCAUCAUGGCCUGUACAAUGUGCAUUAUUAAUAAAUUAUUCAUAUACAGUAUGUGAUACUAGGAACUUAACAUUUUAUUUUUCAAUAUAUAUUUUUUUGAACUUCGACAUGUAUUGAGAAAUUGUAUUUUUCAUUGAAGACCAUUGAUGGAACUCUAGUGCUGCAAAUUCUGUUGUGCUGCAUGGAUGACUUCAUAAUCACUGUAGUACUUUAAACAAUGGCCACAUACAGGUGUAUGGUUAAACCAAAACUC